AUACGUAUGCUAGCUGAUUGCAAACGUAAUAAAAAUUUUAAGUGCUGUAGUAUAAUCUCUAAAAGCCCAUUUUCGUUAAAAUUCAAUAUUAUAUUAAUGAAAUAUACUAUAGUAAAUUUUAUGUAGCGUUAACAAAUUUCAUCUACCCUAUACUUGGCAGAUAAUAUACCACGAUUCUGUAGAGCGUCAGGAAUGUUCGCCGAUGAUCAUGUGGACGGAUUUGCAGCCAUCAUGAGAAAGAGAGUGGCAUCCUUGAUGCGCAGAGUGCAUGGCAGCGGUAACAGCAUCAAAAUGAACACUCUGCUGGUGGCAGUGCUAGCGUUGGCUCUACCGUUGGCGUUCUGCUACGACGAGAUUUUUGAUAAGAUCGAUUUGGAUAAGAUCCUCGGCGAUGACAAUCUCUUUAAUAAAUACAUUGACUGCCUGCUCGACAAAGGGCCAUGUGAACCCAUGGAACACGCGCCGGAAUUCAGGAAGCUGGUACCAGAAGUGAUAGCUGAAGCCUGCGCAAAAUGUUCUCCAAUUCAAAAGCAACAUGUUAGGAAGACCGUCAACGCAUUGAAGGAGAAAAAACCUGAGGCCUUCCAGCAGUUCGUUGAAAAAUAUGACCCUAAGGGAGUAUAUCAAGAAGCUUUUGCCGCCUUUAUGAUCGCUAAGGACUAAACCUGUGCUUCAUCCUAAAACCAUACUUACAACAAGUUAUCUCUUUGGUAUUAUUAACUUUAAGGUCACAUGUACAGUAAGUAACAUAGGUUACAGAGGCAGGCUGACAUUUCUUCCUGAUUCACAUCACAUUCCUUCCUGAUUGGUUUGUACUCGUUCAUUGCUUUAUCUAAUCAAUCUUGAUACUCGACUAUUGGUUCAUAGUGGAAGUCACUGUAUAGUGAUAGCUACAAACCAUUGCUCGCUGCAUUUAAAAAGUAUGAUACUUUUUGUAAGAAUGGCCUUUAGAUGACUUCAUAAUUACAUAGGCUAACUCAU